GUUUGAAGGCGCUAAUGGGAUUGGUUGUUGGAGGCCGUCGCAUUUCAGCCAAUAGAAACGCAGCCGCUUUGCCUAUAUGAAAGGCGUUCGGAGACCAGAGCUGUUCAUUUCAACCUACUUCGAUAAACACAGUUGAAAGGCAACAUGAGUGGAAGAGGCAAAACCGGCGGGAAGGCUAGGGCCAAAGCCAAGACUCGCUCCUCCCGCGCUGGCCUGCAGUUCCCCGUGGGCCGUGUGCACAGGCUUCUGCGCAAAGGCAACUAUGCCGAGCGCGUCGGUGCCGGCGCACCCGUCUACUUGGCUGCUGUGCUGGAGUAUCUGACCGCUGAGAUCCUCGAGUUGGCCGGUAACGCCGCUCGCGACAACAAGAAGACUCGUAUUAUCCCUCGUCACCUGCAGCUGGCUGUCCGUAACGACGAGGAGCUAAACAAACUGCUCGGAGGAGUGACUAUCGCUCAGGGUGGCGUGCUGCCCAACAUUCAGGCCGUCCUGCUGCCCAAGAAGACCGAGAAGGCGGCCAAGACCAAGUAAUCUGGUUUUCUCUUUCUCCGAUUUGUGUAUAAACAAAGGCUCUUUUAAGAGCCACCCACAUCAGCGA